CUGUAAAUCAGAUCGUUUGGUGGAUUUAUUGUCCAUCAAAUUGGUUCUCUCGUUGAGAGUUCGAGAAUCAUACUCGGAAGAAAUCCUCCACAACGACGAUGGUGCAAACACGUAGUAACGCCAACAUAGGUACCGGAGUUCCCCAACAGGGGGAGAACAGCGCCACCGGAGGUCGGCACCCCCCCAUCACCACCGGGGAGGCUGAGGCCCUCAUUCAGAGGGUUGGGAUCACGACCGAACAAUUCAAGGAGGUGCUGGCCGCACUUGCGCCCAACCGCGAGGUAGUGGCUGGGGGACCCACAGGCGAGAAGGCUGGACCUGCGGGCUCCCAAGGAAAAAAGAAAAAAGUGAGGCGGUCCCAGAAGAAGAAGGCGACCAAGCCCAAUGGGAAGGCUAUGAUGGCAGAUGCGCUCUCCAGGCUGGAAGAAGAGGACGAGUCGUCCUCCUUCGAGCAGAUGUCUGCUUUUGACCGUUUGGGAGAUCCCAAGUUGAAGAAACCACGGACCUCUGCGUUCGAAAGGUUGCAGGACACUCGGUCGGCCCGAAAAGGCGACUUGAGAGACACGCUCAAGGAGAAGAGAGGGGAGUCCACAGCGACCUCCAAGGUCGGUUCUGAGGAGCGACGGACGACAGUCGGGGAUAAAGGUGCAGCCGAGCUGUGGAAAAUGUACGAACAACUGGAGAAGCGGCUGGAUGCCCAGAACCCCUAUCGCCAGGCGGUCUUCAGUGAGAAGUAUAGAGACACUGCCCUGGAGUUGCUUAAAGCAUUCGGGGCGUACCGGAUAGAGCAGGUCCCUCGGGAAGAGAACGCUGAGGCAGAUAUCUUGUCAAAGCUUGGUCCGGAUUCCCCGGAUCAUAUUAAGGCAAUGACCCAGGAAGAAGAGUUGCUCAAGCCAAGCAUCAGUCCCGGACAAGUGCUGAUCAUCACACUCAGAGAGGAGCCGGAUUGGAUUGAUGAGAUUACCAUGUACAUCCUUGACGGGUCGUUACCCAUCGACCCAAUCGCGACAAAGGUGGUGAGGCGACGUGCACCCAGCUACACGCUGGAGUGCGGUCGGCUGUAUAAACGAUCGUACAAUGGUACAUUGUUGAGGUGCUUAAGGGCGGGCGAGGCACAGAAGUUAAUGGAGGAAAUCCAUGAGGGAAUAUGUUCGGCGCAUCAGGGAGCCUUCACGAUGUCCAGGAAGGUGACCCUACAAAGAUACUUUUGGCCAACGAUAAUCAGAGAUUGCGCAGAGUACGUGCGCAAAUGCAAAGUUUGCCAGGAAUUCCAGAGGAUGCCAGGGCGACCGGCGACGAAUUAUACCCCGAUAAGCACAGCGAUUCCCUUUGCCCGGUGGAUCAUCGAUCUGGUCGGUAUUUUGCCUCGGGGGACAGGGAACAACACAUACCUGGUGGUCGCGAUUGACUACUUCACUAAGUGGGUCGAAGCCGCCCCCGUGCCAACCAUCACUGCGGAACAGAUGACAAAGUUUGUUUCCAAGCAAAUCUUGUGCCGAUUCGGGGUGCCCCAGCAGAUCAUCACUAACAACAGAACCCAAUUCGAGGCCGGGGGGUUCAAUGAGUUUCUAUAGAGCUGGGGCAUAAAACACAGCUAUGCGG